CUUCAAAUGGCAAACAUAGAACCUUUGACAGAAGAAAUCAAGCCAGCAGAUGUUGAUGAUGCCUAUAGUUUCGACCCUCUUGCGCUGAUAGAUGUAACUUGUGAUAAUAAGACCGAGCAACAAUCGUCUACUCUGAGACCAAAAGUUUCCCUCAAGUUUGAAGACCUCUGUGUGAAUGUUAAUGAGAAGAAUUUUUGGAAGAAACUUCCAGACGAAAAGAAAAUCUUGCAAAAUAUAGCAGGAACGGUUCGUUCUGGCCAACUCCUUGUUAUUAUGGGUCCUUCAGGCUCUGGGAAGACGACCUUGUUGAACGCACUUGCAGGAAGACUGUCUGCAUCAGGAAAUUUUAACGCAACUGGGACAAUAACGGUGAACGGAAAGAAAAGGAAUCCAGCUACUUUCAAGAAAAUAAGUGCAUACGUUAUGCAGGACGAAAAUAUGUUUGGAAAUUUGACUGUUGAAGAGCAAAUUUCCAUUUCCGGUAAGUUACGACUUCCGAGAACUUUUUCGGAGCAAGAGAAAAGACGUCGUAUCGAAGACGUAAUUUCUGAGAUGGGUCUGAUGGAGACAAGAAAAACAUUUAUCGGUUCAGAAAACAGGCGAGGUGUUAGUGGUGGGGAAAGGAAACGAGUGAGCAUUGGUAAAGAAUUGGUAACAGACCCUUCUUUACUAUUUUUGGAUGAACCGACUUCCGGACUGGAUUCAUUCAACGCCGAAAAUGUCGUUAAAACGUUGGUUCGUUUAUCGAAGGAUCAUCGUGCCAUCGUGAUGACAGUUCAUCAACCGGGAAGCAAUAUAUUCAAUCUUUUUGAUAUGCUAUUGUUGCUUUCGAAAGGAAAAAUAAUGUAUUUUGGACCAGCAAAGAAAGCGGUCUCAUAUUUCUCUCUUUUGGGAUACGAGUGUCCAAGUCAUUCUAAUCCCGCAGACUAUUUCUUGGAUCUAAUUGCGGUGGAUAUUCGUUCAUCUAAGCUAGAACAGGAUUCACUUUCCCGUAUUGCAUUUCUUCAUAAAGCAUACAACGAAAAUGUAUCUCUACAAAACAGAAUCAGAGAAAAAGAGGCCACAUGGGAAAGCACAGAAGAUUCGAACGGAAUGAACGAGAAUGAAACUUGGGAGAAGCAUCCUUAUCCGUAUUGGAUGGAAUUUUCUAUUUUAUUGAUUCGUGCAUGGAAACUUCUUAUUCGCGAAAGAGUUGUUGCUGGAAUUCGUACAGUCCAAACCUUGAUUUUUUCGAUACUAGUUGGUCUCAUUUGGCUUAACAAAGGGCGAAAUAUCUCCUCCAGCAACUAUGAAGGUAUAGAAGGUGUAUUAUUUUACAUUCUUAUCAUUCAAAGUUUCAUGGCAAUAUUUGGAAUAAUAUUUGCAUUCCCACUGGAACGUUCGAUUGUUUUGAGAGAGCGUGCUAGUGGCAUGUAUCGAGUGUCCGCUUAUUACCUUUCAAAGAUACUGGUGGAGCUUCCUCGAACAAUUUUGUUUUGUUUGCUAUUCUGCGUUGUGGUAGGAAUAUAUCUUUCAAGGGCGAAAUUUGUGCUAACCUUUGAAGUCAUAUUGGAUGAUUGGCCUUCGAGAUUCCGUAGACUCUUUUUUUCUCUUUGUUGUUGUCAUGCUUUUGAAUUCAUUGACCGUCGAAGGAAUUGCUUUGACUGUUUCUCAGCACCAACACCGAAGGUAGCUGCAGUAACCGUACCACUUAUUUUAAAUAUAGCUGUUCUUUUUGGAGGUGCUUUGUUAUCAAACGCAGAGAUACCGAAUCAUUUUGUUUGGUUAAAAUUUUCAUCUUUUAUGAAAUAUUCAUAUGGGGCAUUGAUGCAAAACCAGUUUGUCGAUUUUGCGUUUCAGAGCCUUAGUAAGACUUGCGUCAUUUGCGACGGGAAUGAAGUUCUUGAAGAUUCUGGAAUCACCGAUUUCUCCAUGGCGGGAAAUAUUGGAAUGCUGCUAAUGGAAUUGUUAGUCUUUCGAAUAGCGGCAUAUUUGGUUCUACGAAUGAGAGGUCCCAAACACGACAAAGCCUUGUGAGCGUUGAAAUGCAGUCGGAUAGGUAUCCUCUGAUUGGUUGGAAUUGCCUUUUUAUUAUAAAGGCAAAUGUCCCAUU